AUGCUUUGAUAUUUUCUGUGGCUAAUUCUGGGACUAGUCUGUAUUCUGGUUUUGUCAUCUUUGCUGUGCUUGGAUUUAUGGCUGGUCAACAAGGCGUAGAUGUAUCAGUAGUAGCGAAGUCAGGACCCGGACUGGCCUUCAUUGCAUAUCCUGAAGCUAUAACACAGAUGCCGGCUUCUACUCUUUGGGCUGUACUCUUCUUUCUCUGUCUUCUAGUCCUGGGUAUAGACAGUCAGUUUGUUGGUGUAGAAGGCUUCGUGGCUACUAUCGUGGACUUGUUUCCUAACACGCUCCUGAAAGGACACCGACGUGAAAUCUUCUGUAUCUUUGUCUGCUUGUUCUUCUGUAUUGCCGGAAUACCUAUGUGUACUUACGGAGGCAUGUACAUCUUCCAAUUGUUUGAUUACUAUGCGGCCAGUGGCUUUGUUCUUCUCUGGGUGUCGAUGUUUGAAAGCUUCACCAUCGGAUGGGCUUACGGUGGUCGCCGGUUCAUGAAGAAUGUAACUGAGAUGUCUGGUGUUACAUGGAUUGCUCCUUACAUGGUUACAGCAUGGAUCUGCCUCUCUCCAUUAUUUACUUCUGCAAUCUUUAUCUUUAGUUUGGUGAAAUACAAACCACUGACGUAUAACAACACCUAUGUAUACCCCUGGUGGGGUUAUAUGAUUGGAUGGAUCCUCGCCCUCAUGACCAUGGUCAACAUACCUAUAUUCUUCUUUUAUCAGUUAAUCUUCAAUGCCAAAGGAUCCCUUAUUGAGCGGUGGAACAUCCUGACCACUCCAUACCUGCCUCACUGCCGAAGCGAAACAGUGAAUGCUCCUAAUGUACACGUGAUCGAUCCAAUCUUUUCUAACCUGGAACUCGGCCACACCAACCAUGGCGAUGGUGAUGUGAUUAAGAAUGGUGGGGCUGAUAUGUCUCCACCACCUUAUAAUGAAUCCAUUGGAAUACAAACAUAUGAUGCUACAGAAAGCGUCUAAAGCAAUACUUAUCAAUCAGACAAACAAUAGACCAUGGCUUUGCUGUAGAUGUUUAUGAAAGGGAAUGUUUGAUAUUUUAUAAAAAAAGAAAUAUUCUCACAGGGUAGAUGGCCUAUUACUUCUAUGAUUUUGCAGUUUACUCUUGACGACUUAGCUUUCAAAUUAACCCUAACUAGGCUAGGCUUGGGGCCGGGUUAUUUUGGUAGAUCACACCGAAAAAUCGCCACGCAUUUCCCCCAUAAAUUGCAUAGUUAAUUUUUUGAAAAAUUAUUGAUUGAUGUCAUUGACUGUGCUAAUUCUUGCAUUUAUGCCUGAAAUAAAAAUUGUGUUCUAUUUAAAUCAACUAUAUUUUUGGUCUAGAUACUCUUUGGAACAUUCUUAACAACUCUAUUAAAAAUGCAAUAUCAAUAUUAAUUUCUAUUAUUAUAAUGACAUUUUAUAACUAAAUUUUUCAAUCAUAGACAACAUGCAAGUAACUAAUUGUUAUUAAUUGUUAACAAAAUAAUUAUGCAUUUAUGAAUAUUAAGCUGAAAACAAAAUUCGUUUUGUAUCUAAACAAAAUAAUUUGUUGUUCAUUGUACGUGUAUAAGAUUACCUGUAAUUUACGAAAUGCGUAUUUGACAUCAAUUGUGCGAGACUUGAAAGAGAAUAGGAAAGGUUGAAGUGUUAAUACCACCCCCGGGCUUAGUUAGGGUUAAAAAACAUUUCAUUGCACUCAAUAUCAUUGCUAGUAAUGAAGAAUACCCUCCAAACAUUAUGACGUGAUGUUAUUAAUGACAAAUUAUAUUCUUGUUACCAUGCAUACCUCGCUUGCAACCAACUAAAUCAGAAAUUUAGCUUGAUUGGUUGGUAACAUAAUCUUCCUUUGAGAAAAAAAAAAGCAAUUCUAAGGUCAAACCUAACUGCAACAGAUAAUUAGAACAAGUUGUAACAAUACUCGAUAUGAUAUAAUCACUUCAAAUAAUAUUUGAUGUCCCUUUAAUAUGCUAUCCGUAUUGUCUUUCUCGUCUUAUAUUGCAAUCAUGUAUGCAUAAUAAUUAAAUAUCAAUCAAUUAUAUUACAAUAAGAAGUACUCAUUCUUGAGUAGUUCAUUGCCAGACAUUCCGAGGAUGCGGGGCCUGAACGUUGAAUCAUGUGUAGACGAUAAUAUAAGAUGAGACAUACGAAUGCAAUAAAACAUUUUGUGUAUAUGUAAAACUUGGUUGAAUCUUGGAUUCAGAGGAAUUCAUUGAAGAUUUGGCUAUGACUUGCCAUAUAACUUGUAAAUAAUUGAUGUUGUGAAAUCUUCCACCAUGCUAACGAUUUAUGUUAUCAUGUCCUGAUUGUCAUAGGCAGUAUACAUCAUGUAUAUUAUUGGUGUGAAGGGAAUUCAACCAUAUGUAUAUAUUCAACUGUAUGUCGAGUAUAAUUUGGCUAAUGUAGUUUAAAACAACCAUCUACAAUUAGAUCAGUAGAUAAUUCUAUAUUUUGGUUAGAAUAAGGUACUGGUAUCCUCCUAAAAAGGUCAAAAGAGCAGGGAAAUGUAAAAGAAUAUAUGGGCAAGUACUUAUCUGAUGAAAGCUUAGUAUUACGCUGUGUUGUUAAAUAUUAAUCAGCAUUUACACGCACAUCAUAGAUAAAGCUUGAGAAGAUUAUUUAUUACAUUAGAUUUAUUGAAAUGUUGAUUGUUUUAUUUUUAUUUCUCUAUUGGAUUUGUCUUGUAAGACCAGCCCCUCUUUAUAUGCUGCAACCAAUAAACUCUUUAAAAAAUUUUUUUUAAAAAGAUUGGGGGCCGAACCAGCUCCCCCCUCGACCUUUUUUUGCAAUAUAUCUGUAACGCGGAAAACUGAUGCUCGCGCACAAUCAUAACAAAAAUCCUGUUCAUCAUGGCGUACAGACCAAGAC